AUGUCCAUUUUCAGCCCCCCAAAGCACCAGAAGCUCAUCCCCUUCAACAUCCCCGCCGUUACCAGCCCUGAAAUGGAGUUCAUCAACACUGCCAUCAAACGGCACCCUCACCAACGGGCGCUACACCCGUCAGUGCCAAUUAUGGCUAGAGCAACGGCUCUCCCGCAGAAAUGUCCUCCUAACACCCUCCUGCACCGCUGCCCUCGACCUCGUCGCACUCAUCCUGGAAAACCAACCCCGGCGACGAGCGGUGCCUCAUUAGUAUUUGUGGAUAUCGUCCCGGAGACCAUGACUAUCAGCCCGACGCAAGUCCGCGAGGCGAUAACCGACCGCACGCGCGUCGUGGUCCCAGUCUGCUACGCCGGUUUCGCUUGCGGCAUGGACGAAAUUCCAGAAAUCGGGCGCGCACGGGAUAUAUACGUCGUCGAGGACGCGGCGCUAGGACUCUUCUCUACAUACAGAGACAGGGCGGUAGGCACGAUGGGACAGCUGGGGUGCAUCAGUUUCCAGGAGGAGGAGAAUACGGCUGGCAGCUUGUGGGGGGGGAGUUACGCGAUCAGCGAACUGCAGGCUGCGUAUCUAUGGGCCCAGCUGGAGGGCGCGGAGACGAUUCAGUUCCAGCGCCAUCGGAUCUGGAAUCUGUAUUGGAAGGAGUUGGAGGGGUUGGAGACGCAUGGGAUUAUCGAGUUGCCGGCUUUGCCGUUGGGUCAGGAACAUAAUGCUCGGAUAUUCUGGAUAAAGGUCCGGGAUAUGGCGGAACGGAGGGAGUCAUGGGAUCAAUGA